CGCUUCGACGCUUCGGGAAUCGCUAUGACGGCCUCAGACUCCAUCCCGAAGUUUGCGAGCGGGAGUCGCAUCACCGGAAUCUUUAAGCUUUUGUUCAGGUGGAAGGGGAGCAUCUACAAGCUGAUCGGCCUCGAUAUCGUCAUCUGGCUCCUUUUCUUUUACACCUUCAGUUGUACUUAUCGGUUUCUAUUGGAUGCGGGCCAAAGGAGCCUGUUCCAGAAGGUGGUGGUUUACUGCCGGGACUUCAACAAGAACAUCCCGCUGACGUUCGUCCUUGGCUUCUACGUCACCACGGUCCUUAAUCGGUGGUGGGGGCUGUGGGGCACCCUGCCGUGGCCGGACGACGUCAUCCACUACCUCACCACUUAUCUAAAUGGACAGGUACGAAAAACAUUGCAUUUUAGCCUUAUGGAAAACUUCUACUGA